GCGAGCAAAGGGGAACUUGCCAGAAGUGGGAGCCGUGGUGCGUGGAGUUGCAGCUCUUGCCUGGUUUUUUAUUUUUUUAUUUUUGCCUCUGAUGAUUCAGCCUCUGUUCCAAUAGUUUAUUAAGUCAUAAUCAAUCCUGGAGCUUUUCUCCUUCCUCACCUUCAAGUACACACGCGUGCGCGCGCAUCCGCGCCAGUUUUCAGGACGGAAAAACCGAAAGCCGUCGCCAGCCGUGGUUUUCCUCCGUGGGCUCAAGCUCCCAUAGCGCCGGGGGCUCCCAAACCACCGUCCCCACACCCCCUCGGAGGUACACGUGGACCUGCAACUUGGUACCGAAGCCCGCGCGCGCGCGCCCGCCGCUCCCACCCACCCGCGCACAUGCACCGGGCGCCCGGCCCGCUCCGGACACCCGGGGUCCGAUUCUCCAAGGAAAACCGCUGGUCCAGAGGCGGCUGAGCAGCCGGAUCCAGCAUGCUCUCGGGUGUCAGCCCCGUGUCCCAGGCCCUGCUGGGCACCUUCUUCACCUGGGCCAUGACGGCCGCGGGGGCCGCGCUGGUCUUUGUCUUCUCCAGUGGACAGAGGCGGGUCUUAGACGGGAGCCUGGGCUUCGCCGCAGGGGUGAUGCUGGCGGCUUCCUAUUGGUCUCUCUUGGCCCCUGCGGUGGAGAUGGCCACGUCGGGGGGCUUUGGAGCCUUCGCCUUUCUCCCGGUGGCCGUUGGCUUCAGCCUCGGGGCCGCCUUCGUCUACCUGGCCGACCUCCUGAUGCCGCACCUGGGCACCGCCGACGACCCCCAGACGGCGCUGGCUCUGCACCUGGACCCCGUGUCGGUGAAGAAGGCGGACCCCGAGGGUCCCGGGCCCCUGGCGCCCGAGCGGGAGCUGUCCAUCCGGAUAGGUAGCGCUGGGCUGCGUCCAGAUAAGGCCGAGAACGGCGAGGCGUACCAGCGCAAGAAGCCGGGGGUCCUGGCGGGGAGCCCUGCGGCCUCCGAGCCGCCUCCGGGGGCCCUGGCGGCCACGGGCGGGAGCAGCUGGCGGAGGCUGGCGCUGCUCAUCCUGGCCAUCACCGUCCACAACAUCCCAGAGGGUCUGGCCGUUGGCGUUGGCUUCGGGGCGGUGGACAAGACGGCCUCGGCCACCUUCGAGAGAGCCAGGAACCUCGCCCUGGGGAUGGGCAUCCAGAACUUUCCGGAGGGCCUGGCCGUCAGCCUCCCGCUGCGAGGAGCCGGCUUCUCCACCUGGAGAGCCUUCUGGUACGGGCAGCUGAGCGGCAUGGUGGAGCCCCUGGCGGGCCUCUUCGGCGCCUUCGCCGUGGUGCUGGCGGAGCCGCUGCUGCCCUACGCGCUGGCCUUCGCCGCGGGCGCCAUGGUCUACGUGGUCAUGGACGACAUCAUCCCCGAGGCCCAGAUCAGCGGUAACGGGAAGCUGGCGUCCUGGGCGUCCAUCCUGGGCUUCGUGAUAAUGAUGUCGCUGGACGUCGGCCUGGGCUAGAGCCGGGGGCCCGCGGAGCCCGGCCCGGGCAGCCUGAGGAAACGGUGUGGUCAGCACCUCCCGGCCGCAAGCCUCUUCCUUCGCGUCCCAACCCCGUUCUCCCUCCUCUCGCCUUUCCGCCCCUGCCCGGCGGGCUCUGACCCCUGACCAGCUGUAGGGGGAGGGCACGGCCUGCCCUCAGCGUCAGCGGCCGAGGCCCCUGAACGGGGGACACGCUCCUGGUGUGGUGACCAGACUCCGGGCAGGGGGCCCUUCGCAGGGCAGCCGCCCCCUCCCUCCCACCACGCGCAGUGACCACUCCCGCAGGUCCCUAGUGGACACGAGCGACCUUCAGGGCCUUUUGGCCGAGGGACUUGAGCAGAAGGAAGGGCCAGGACUUCCCCCCGAGGUUGGCCCUGGUGCUCCCGCCCCAGUGCUCCACGUCCUCUCCCAGGCCUUCUUUAUCCCCUCCACACCAGUCCCGGGACCCAGAGCCAGGGCGGGAAACCACCGUCCCUCCUCUGCUGAGUGCCAAGGCCUAGACGCAGGACGGGAGGGCGCAAAGAGGGGGUCCCGGCCAGAGCCCCCUGCUCGCCGUGAGCACGGGCGUCAUUCCCACCCCCGCCCCCCGAGAUGUGUCCUUGGAGAAGGUCCCUGUCUCCGUUCUGUCGCGAGGCUGGGGGAAUCCCAACAGCAGCCGGGGUCUCAGCCUCCUUCCGUCCCGGGACACGGGUUCACCCGAGACGCGCUGGCUGGGGCUUCCUGGGGCGCGGGGGCCGUGGCCGGGGCCCUGCCUGGUGAUGUGUGAGUCGCCUUUCCCCCGUGGGAGCCUGCCAGGGGGCGGGGGCGAGGCAGGGCGAGGGGUGGCGGACCCUCCAUGCCUCUGGGAGCCCCCAUUCGCUGUGGGGUUUCCCUGGCAGGGGGGCAGAGCCCGUUAGUGCCACACGUGGCACACGCUGCCAUCCUCCUCCUUCACAGGGGACACCAGGGCCCUGGGCAUCGCUUGCCAGGCUGUCCGCCCGCGGUGUGAGCAGUGCUGGUGCCCCGAGUUCAGACACUGACCGGCUUCCCGGGGCAGAGACCGGCUCCUGCGGGCGCCCAGUCCCCCCUGCCCAGGCUCGACGGGUGCGGAGGCGUGCGGGGGUGGCGGGCCGGGUGCGGGCUUGUGUCUCUGUCUGUCCCUGGACACGCUGCAGACCUCUUCCCAGUGGACGAGACCUCAUGACUGUGACCAAUAAAGGGUGUGUUGUGGGCAUGCUGCAUCCCGUGGGGUCUCUCCGGGCACCGGCUUUCCGGGACUGGUCAGCAAAGGGCCAGGCCCCCGGCCGGCCCCGUGUCGGG